AAGGAGGAGGAGGAGGGGGAGGAGAUCUGUCGACCUUCCUGCCUUGCUUUCGUGCUGAGUCUGGUGAGUGAGAAUUGCGGGGGCGAGGGAUGGAGCAUGUACGUGUCUCGGGCAUGCCAAGAAGCGAGUUCCCGAGGUUCGCCUCGUGGCGCUCUGCUCUUGCCGUGGCCGCCAGCAUCUGAGGCACGGGACCUCGUCGGGAUGGCCAGGAUCGAGCAUGGCCUCGAGCAAUCUGGGGUCCCGUGCAAGAAGAUGCUCCCAUGCACGCAGUCCCCACCGGCAACCGGCGGCUGAAGAAGCAAGGCCCGUCCUCGGGCAAGAAAUUUUCUCAUCCUCGUGAUUCAAGUUUCGCGCCCACUCUCUCUCUCUCUCUCUCUCUCUCUCUCUGUCCUGCUGGUGAGUUAUGGUUAUGCUGCCGCCAUGGUUGGCCUGCCACUGCUCCUCAGGGACUGAAAAAUGAGUUGCGCCCUCGGCUUAAGCUGAGAACUCGAGAGCUUCGAGACUUCGUGCGAAGGCCAAUGGAUCCCUCUGCUCGGGCCAAUGGAAGCUGGGUGGGCAGUUGCUUGACUGCAAGCACCUUGAAGUUGAUUGCUGAGCAUAGAUCAUGAGCUCGUGAUGCCAUUUCUCUCUUGACGACAUCGGUCGGUGGGCGGUUUCAUGGUCAUCUGCCUGCUCUGCUCUGCUGUGGGCACUACUGAGGUCGAGCUUCAGUUUUUCAUCUUCUGAAUUCGGAAGAUGGAGAGUAGGCUUUCGUGCCGUUUCGAAGGGAUCGAAGCCCAGUGAGUGAGCGACUGGAAGAUGUUGCUACGCUACUCGUGCUCUUAGAGCGUCAUGAUCUUGGAGAGCAAAUUCGUUCUUCCAUUUCCCCUCAAGUCCAAGCCCAAAUUUGACCCCAAUUCUGUCGGGUCGUACCAAAUUUCGUUCCCAGCAGGCUUAGAUAUGCACUGCAAGUUGUAUGUAAAGCUCCUGGCCAGAAAUUCUCUUCCAUUGGUUAGCCCUAUCGCCCUCCAUCCAAUCUCGAUCAAAAACUUGGGAUUCAAGGUUUCCGAGGCUACAAUUCAUUGCCGGGUACCUGUGAGCUGAUUAACUGAGCUCGUAAGGCCAGCAGGAACUGCCAAAUCCGAAUCUCAGGGACAAGAUGCUGAAAACUCGUCCCUUCUUCUAAAAUGAGCAACUCAUCUUGUUUAUCUCAAUUUUACAACAUUGAACCGUCGAUGGAGUAACAAAAGAUAGCAACAAUGUCAGAGUCCCCAACCACCGAGAAUUCAGUCACCCCCAGCCCUCCUCAAUCCAGAGAAGGAGCUGCAGAGUCGUCGUCGAGUCCAGAGAAGGAUCCAAAAGCUCCAAGGAAGUCUGUUUACUUCGAGCAAACAAGUGAGUCCGGUCCUCCUGCUGCUGCUGGUAGCAGAAGAUCAUCCCUUGCUAAAGACAAUGUUGGUACUGAAAGUAAGGUCUCUGAACCCUCUCCUGCCAAUGUUGAAGAGAAAACUGAGCCACAGCCUCCGAGGGUACAAGAAUCAGAACCCAGUGAGACCUCGACUGAUGCACCACCACCUGCUGGUGUGGAUGCUCCUAGUAAUAUUUCAACAGGAGCACAAGAGAAGGAACCUCAAGGACCAGAGUCACUGCCAGAUUCCACCCAGGCCUCAUCCCCAUCAGAGCCCAGCCAACCUCUGACUCCCCAGCAGCAGUCGGCAGAAUCACCGUCCCCAAACACUCCUCCGAAGCGUGCAUCUAUCACAGACCCAGAGCAGAUCCAAACCAGUCUUCCAGCUGUGGAUGGGGAGGCCACCAGCUCGUCGGAUCCUGAAAACAUGUCUGGAAAAGGGAGGAGAAUGUCCAGGAGGGCGUCUACGAUGGGACCAGGAGGCAAAUCCAGGAGGAAGUCCUCGGUUUAUAAAGAGAUCGUGGGAUCCAUAGAGAAGAAGAAGGGCCCAAUCGUUCCAGACAAAUUGGGGUUCGGGUCCAGUGAGGACAGAAAAGCCGUAAUGGUCGAGGUGAAAAGGAGAGGGAGUACGGCAGUUCCCAAAGAGCCUGAGGACGUCCAGAAACCUGUGGAAGUGAAGAAAGUUGUUCCUCAGGGCUUAGGAUUUGGAUCUAGUGCAAGAAGAACCACAAUAUUUGACAAGGAUGACACCUACAGCAAGGAGAAGAGGAAGUCUGUGUUCAGCAAGGAGGACGAAAAGGACAUGGCAGGAGGAAGCAAGGGUCGUAGAGUUUCGCAGAUGAAAGAUCCCGGGUCAUUGAUCGACCCUAGGGCAGUAUCAUCAGCAACGACAGCAACGACAGGAACGACAGCAACAACAAUGACAGCCACACCACCGGAAGAUGGUGAUGCCAAGGCCGGAGAGGGAGCUCCGCAAGACAUGAAUCAGCAAGCGUCAGACCAGCAGCAAAUCGAACCAACAGACGGGAAGCAGUUGUCAUCAGAUGAGCUUCAGCAGCUGGUUGUAGGUGAGCAGCAAUUACUACAAGACAUCAGCCAAGAAGGUGAAUCCCCUGUCUACACAAUGGUGGUGGGAGCAGCUGAAAAACCACCACCUGGUGACUUGGGAUCGCCUGGUGGAAAUGAGGACUCCGAGAGCGAUGAGGGAGCGAGGCCAAAGUUCAUGAGAGAUCGAGCUCCUUCCAUCUACGAACGAGCUCCUUCCAUCAAAUACAAUAACGCCCGGGCUCCUUCCAUCGACUCUAUUCCACUGGAUGACAACGAAGGGUUGACCAGCACUCUGCUCGGGGGAAAAGUCGAUGAACCUCUGAGAAACGAGCUCGAGAACUGGUUAAGUUCUGCCAUUCACCGAGUUGACAACAACCUUUCUUCCAAUUGGGCAGAACCGGUUUUACGGCAUGACAAGGACUCUCCCAGACGGACAUCCGAGCCGCCCAGAGCUCCUAGAAACACACUGGUGGCUCAACCGGACUCUUCUUCCACAUCGUCCAAAGACCUGAGUAGACGCCCUUCCAUGACUUCACUGAGAAAUAUGCAACGCAGCUCAGUUUUGAGCAUGAACAUUUUAGCCGGAACUUUAUCAGAUGAGAAUAAGUUGCUGAACACGUGGGAGCUCACUGAUCCAACGCCUUCUCCCAAGCAGGAGAUGCAAGAUUACAGUGCUCCAGAGACUGCUAUUUUGACUCCAAAGGUCGUCGUAUCAAGUGGAGGAGAACAACGGGAUUCUCACUGGACUCCGGAAACGGCCGAAGAGGGUCUGAGGAGGCUUCAGAGGGAAGUGGAGCAGAGGGCAUGGGCAACUAACAUUGCCAAGAAAUCACCUCGCUUGCUCUUGCCCGACAGCCUCAGGAAGAGGAAGAAACCUGCCGAAUCCGUAGCUGCCUCUGAUUACCUGCAUUCAGAAUCUGGCCAAGGGCCCCCUGUCCAAGACAAAAUUCUAAACAAAGAUUUGCUAUGCCGUUAUGGAGGCACUGAAGAUGCAGCAAAACUAAAAAACGCAGGGCUUUCAGGCCUCAAUAUCGUCGGUGUGGCUGAAUCAGAUCUGGCACAGUUCAGCAACCUCCAGUGUCUAGAUCUCUCGAUCAAUCAACUGAACAUGCAAGAUUUAUGUGCACUCUCUCAGCUCAGGAAGUUGAGCCUCAUGAGCAAUCAAAUCUAUCACUUGAGACUGCCAUCUGGACACUUUAAUCAGCUUCAAAAACUAUUACCUGGGUGAAGGUUUCCUAUGUGUACUCUGGAAUUGUUGGGCAUGAAACUUCCAGGCAUUGGAUCUCUCUUACAAUCUAUUGGGUGGCUCUGCAAUUGUUGACCUAUCGAAUCUUCCAGUACUUGAGACACUGAAUGUGAACCAUAACAGUAUUGCUGAGAUCCCAGAGGCGGCGGGUGGCCAAACAUGGUCAUUUCCCCGUCUGAGGAUCUUUUCAGCAGCUCAUAAUUUUAUCAAAUCUCGAUCCCUCCUACCCUUGAGCAAGAUUCCGCGUUUGGAGAAACUGUUGCUCCCUCACAAUAGAAUUCGAGGAGUUCCCGAUGAGAUCAACGAGAUUGGCAUGGACUUCCCUCGACUCAAGAUACUGGACCUCACAAACAACACGGUUGCAGAUUCUCACAGAUUGACACCAUUGUUACGAUGUCGCUCUUUGAAGCAGCUACUUCUAUUGGAAACGCCAAUCGCAAGGAAGCUCGUUUGUGAUGGAGCGAAUAAAUUACUCGAUUCUGCAAGACCAAUUCUACAACACAUAUUACGUGCACAGCAAGCGGGCCAGAACUGGAUCACAGAGCAGUCUCCGCCUGAAAAGGCUCAGUUCGAAGAGAAGAUGCACAUCAUACCGCAGUUUAAAGCCCCGGAGAUUAAAUUAUUUGACUCCAAGGCGGAACAAGAGAUGGCAUAUGUCUUCAAGUACACCAGCGAAGAUAUCCGCAAGGAAGCUGGUGAUAAGCAUUGUGGACUGCACCAAGGAUAUACAAGUCAAAUCUUGCCGUUCAUAGAUGACUUUGGAGAGCCUGUUAUGUCCAUCUCUGAAACGAGGGAGUGGGAUCGUGUGCCUUCUGAAGUGGCCACGAGUGACAUUCCUCCAUCCAUGGAUGAAGCUAUGGACAACAUUCAAAUCAGCACAAACCUGACCCAGAACCAUCUCACGGAUGCGAGUGCUGCCAUAACGUGCUUACAAAACACCUUGGGAGUUCCGUUUCGAGAGGUUGAAUUCAAUCCUAAACACUACUUGACGAUGACGAAGUCGGGGAUAAUAAGAGUGAAUGAGUACAGACUAGGCAACCAAGAAUUGACAAGCCCGCGGAAGGACGCUGUCUAUCUGGCGCAAAGAUUUCUAUACCAAGCCGAGGUGGAAGAGAGAGGAAAAGUUCAUAAUGUACUGGAGCGAAUGAGACUACAUCUGGCAGAAAUGGACGACGUUUUGCAGGAAACGUUGAUUCAACCACCACCAUUUUCACCCCCAAGGAAGAUGUCCAGUGUAGGAGAUUAUACAGAUUCUGAAGGAAUGCUCACAUUUCGGUAAUGGGUCUUGAGUUUAGUUUAUUGCUCAUCGGGCACAUACUUAGUGUUGUACAAAAAUCCUCGCUUUACAACACUCGCUCACAAAGUCUGCACUUUAUCCUGGGACAUUACUGCCAAUCUUAAUAAAGAUAAUUGCAGUCA